UUCGUUGUUGUUUGUUUAACAUUUUCUCACCCACAUUCGAACGUUCGCCAUGGACAAAUUUGAGAGCACUCGACAAGAGCUGUCAAAGUACCAGUAUGUACAGUUUACGUUUUGCGACAUCAAUGGCACUUCUCGUGGGAAGAUUCUUCCUGUUCGCAACGCUGACAGUUUUGAGAAAGGCACAACUAUUUACAGCGGAGCAGUAAUGUUAGGACAAAGAAGUGAGAUGAUGUUUCCAAAAGAAGUCACAAAGACGGGAAAUAUGGCUAUCCUUCCUGACUUGGACACACUACAUCCACUUCCUUGGGCUGGCAAUGGCAAGUUCACAGUUGCCGAAUUCUACUGUGAAACAGCGUGGUUGCCUAGUCUGAAAUACCAGGAGGCCUGUCCCAGAUACAUAGCCAAACGACAGUGGCAGAGGCUGCAAGUCAUGGGAUAUGAUUCAUUUUCCGGAUUCGAAAUGGAGUUCAUGUUGAAGAAUCGACAAACAAAAGCGCCAUUAUUUGAUGGGCUUGAUUUCUGCAUGAACAGAACUUUUAGACGAGUAGAACCAUUUCUAUUCGAACUCGAUUCGCAGCUCUUCGAAUCUGGCGUAGAAAUCGGCGAAUUGCUCAUCGAACAUUGUCCAGGUAUGAUAGAAUGUGUCAUGAAGCCGCAGUGGGGAAUCAAGUGUCCAGACUCGACUUUUGGGUUUGUCCAAGGUGUUUUCGAAAUGGCCGAACAGCAUGACUUGUUAGUGACGUUUGUUUCAAAAUCAAAGAUGACAGAGGCUAGCAUAGGUUCACACUUUAAUCUCUCCUUGUGGAACAAUGAAGCGAAAGUCAACGUCUUCCAUGAUGCAACACAAGCAGACUGUUUGUCAGACACUGCACGCUAUUGGAUUGGCGGACUGAUGAAGCACGCUGGGGCACUGACAGCUCUUUGUUCUCCAACAGUCAACUGCUACCGCCGCCUAUUUCAGACUCGGACGCCAGGCAAAUGUUUCUGGGGCAUAGACAAUAGAUAUGCAAAAUUUCGUGUGAAAAAUUACAACAUGAAGAACACUUAUAUUGAAAACCGAAUUCCCAGUGGGAAAUGCAACCCAUACCUGGGAUAUGCAGCAACGCUUGCAGCUGGUAUUGAUGGUAUUGUCAACAAGAUAAAAUGUCCUCCUCCUAACGACCCCACUGCUCCAGAUCUCCCAUCAUCCCUGGCGGCUGCCUUGGACGCCCUGAAGCAAGAUGACGUCAUGGUGUCUGCGUUGAGUAAGCAGUUCGUUGAUUGGUUCAUUCAGCUUAAAAUGGACACGGAAAUAAAACCUUUACAAGAAGCUGCUCCAAACGACGACGAAAAGAGGCUCCAGUUGGAAGUAGAACUGUAUGCAUAAUCUGUGUCUCAUAUUGGUGGAUAUAAUUGCUAUAUUUUUUCAAAUGGAAUAUAGGUGAAAAUAAAACAAAUGACGUAUUAAAAA